AUGGGCUUUAUUCAGGCUUCGAAUCAGAGGCAAGGCAACGACAGCCUCGUCAACGAAUCCGGAGCAUUUCCAACCGAGAACGCAGUACAAUAUGCCUAUCCCAACACCUAUAUGGGCAAGCCACGCUCGAUCCGUAUUGUUGUCAUUGGUGCUGGCGUCUCUGGCAUCGCUGCGGUAAAAAUGUUCAAGGAUCGAUUCAAGGACAAGCCUGUCGAAUUGGUCAUUUAUGAGAGAAAUGCCGAAGUCGGAGGGACAUGGUUGGAAAAUCGGUAUCCGGGCUGCGCAUGCGACGUUCCAGCUCACGCCUACUCUUACUCGUGGGAAGGAAAUCCCAACUGGAGCCACGCCUACGUAGGAAGCGUGGAGCUGUUCGAUUACUUCAAGAGUCGUGCUGUGGCCUAUGGUGUAUAUGACUACGUCCAUCUCGAGCACGAGGUUGAGAGCGCAGAGUGGAACACAGAGACCGGCCAAUGGGACCUUCGUGUUCGAGACCUGAACAACAAGAAGUCAUUUGACACUCAAGCGGAAGUUCUCAUCAACGCAGCAGGAUUUCUCAAUAAGUGGAAAUGGCCUGAGAUUCAGGGCAUCGGUGAAUUCAAAGGGCACCUGGCACAUUCUGCGAGAUGGGACGAUACCUAUAACUUUACCGGUAAAACGGUGGCAGUCAUCGGCUCCGGUUCGUCGGCCAUUCAGAUUGUACCUGAACUACAAGGCGUCGUCAAACACAUGGUGUCCUUCAAUCGAUCUGCGACGUGGAUCUCACCAGAAUUUGCUGCCGACUUCGCCCCAGAAGGACGCGAAACUGCAUUUUGCGCCGAACAACAAGAAAAAUGGACCAACAACCCGGAUUUAUAUCGAGCAUACCGGAAAAGAAUUGAAGGCGCAAUGAAUACGUUCUUUGACGUUCAAUAUAAAGACUCGGUUAUUCAAAAGGCAGCAUUCAAGACCAUGAGCGAAGCCAUGGCCAAGCGCCUAAGCGCAAAACCUGAGCUGGCAAGCACGAUCAUUCCCAAAUUUGCGGUUGGUUGCCGAAGAUUGACUCCUGGAUAUCGGUAUCUCGAGUCUCUCGUGGAGAAGAACGUCGAUGUUGAGACACAACCCAUUCUGAAAAUUGAUCAAACCGGCAUCGAAACUCAAAGCGGCAAAGGGUAUGAGGUCGAUGCCAUAGUUUGUGCAACGGGAUUCGACACCUCGUACAAGCCAGCGUUCCCGGUGUAUGGUUUCGGCGGCAAGGAUCUACGAGAAAUUUGGAAGGAUGAGCCAAGAUCUUAUCUGUCUGUGGCAGCUAGUGGAUUCCCCAACUACUUCAUCAUUGGCGGACCAAAUUUCCCGCUGGCAAAUGGAACUCUGAUCCCCUGUCUCGAGAAAUGCCUCGAAUAUGCAUUCCGGGCAGUUGACAAGAUCCAAUGCUCUGGCGUCAAAUCACUUCACCCCAAAUCUGAAGCGGUCGAUGAAUUUCAGGAGCACAAGGACGCUUUGAUGAACGACCUUGUCUGGACAUCUGGCUGUCGAUCAUGGUAUAAGAAUGGAAAAGUUGACGGUAAAGUAUUCGGCCCAUGGUGUGGAUCUUCGAUCCACUUCCUAGAGUUGAUGGACGAGCCGCGAUGGGAGGAUUGGGAAUUUGAGUACACAACGAAAAACCGAUUCCAGUAUCUUGGGAACGUGGACUUUCGUCUCCCAGGACUUCGAUUGAACUGGCCAACGUUCAGUAACAGCGGUGCUUUAUAUGCCUUUGGGGACAUUGGAUGGAAAUACUUCCUCGUAUUUAUUCUUGCUGGCCCAGUCGGCGCCUUGCUUGUUUGGCUUUACGGACCAGAAACCAAGGGUAAAACUUUGGAAGAGAUUGGCGGCAUCCUCGGUGACGAGCUCGCUGUCCCAGAGCUGCAUCCUACAGAUGAGUCUCAUAUCACACGGAAGAGAGCAGCCUAA